CACAGAUCUGGGGUAAAAAUAAUGCGACUUUUUUAAUUACGUCCUUUGCGCCAUAACUUCAAUAGCAAAACAUACACUUUUAGCUUGUUUAUGCUGUCAUACCUGUCUUGAUAGUUGUUUAUUCUUAACUUGUGUAAUAAACGUUUUGCUUCACAAUUUAUGCUGAGAAGCCUUGGCUCUCCAUCUUUAUACAUGCUUCUCUCUGAUCUAAUAUCCUUCAUCUAACAACCGGAUGAGUAGUUUAUUUACAUCGUUACUCGCUGAUUUUGCUCUCUGCUCUACGACCAGCCAAAAAAUUACGGUCCUCAUCUCUAACCCUCCAAUCUCUAAAUACCUUAAUGAGGGCAUUUUUAAACUACCAUUCAUACUUUCUGUGCCCUCACAAAAUCUUCUAUUUAUUUUCAACUUGAGUACAAAACAGAUAUUAAAUGACGGAUCCACGUUCAGAUCGAAUCUGCCUUUAACUCAUUCGAGGUCGGAUCGGAUCCAAAAACUCUCGAUCCGGAUCCGUCUUUUUGACACGGAUCGGAACGAGUAGACGGAUCGCCGGGUGAGAAUGAC